GGUUGCGCGUGUGUGGGAGGUAUAUAUUCUUCCCGCCAAUGAGCUGUCAAAAUUGGCUAAGAUCGGGGUAACUUUUAGAUCAUACGCGUAAUCUCGUGUUUAAUUACUACAAAUAUAUUGUAUUUUUGUUUGUAAGUGUACUUUAUACAAUAUGUCGAAACAAGACGAAAGUGAAGAUAACUGGAUCGCAGCUAUGGAUAAUCUAUGUUCGAAGUUAAACGUAGACCCAGUAGCUGCGAAAAAAUCAAAAGAAUCUUUCUCAGAAAUAAAACAUAAUUAUACAUUAGAUGGAGACAUUUUACACUGGAUGGCUUGUGCUUUAUAUGUAGCAUGUCGUACGUCCAUCACCCCUACAGUUCAGACAGGUAAAGCUGUGGAAGGAAAUUGUGUCAGCCUCACAAGACUUCUCAGACUCUGCAACAUAAGUCUUAUACAAUUUUUCAAUAAAAUCAAGAAUUGGAUGGAAAUGGCUUCAAUGUCAACAGAUUUUAAAGAUAGGAUAACAAGAUUAGAACAUAAAUUUGCUGUAUCCACAGUACUCUUUAGAAAAUUUCAACCUAUAUUCCAAGAAAUUUUCUCUGGAUUGACAAAUGAGCCAGUUAAAACAAGCACUAAAAGUAAAAAACAAAAGUUACAACCAUGUACAACAAAUGCAUUAUUUGAGUUCACAUGGUGUUUGUAUGUUUGUGUGAAAGGAGAAUUUCACAACUCAGCUGAUGAUCUUGUGGACAUGUAUCAUGUUCUAUUAUCAUGUCUGGACUUUGCAUUUGCCAAUGCAUUCAUGGCUCGUAGGAUUGAUUUAAUCAAUCCUGCUUUUAAAGGUCUGCCAGCCGAUUGGCUCAAAGAUGACUUUGAACUGCCAAAGAAACCACCAUGCAUUAUAUCAGUAUUGUGUGAAAUCAAAGAAGGCUUAGCUGUUGAAGCUGCUACGAUGAAAGAGUAUAGUUGGAGACCAGUUGUUAAGACUUUCUUUGAAAAAGGGAUUUUAAAAGGCAAUAGUGAUGAUCUCACAGGUCUGCUAGAUAUAGGAAACUUUGAUGUCAAUGUUAAAUCCUUAAAUAAUCUCUAUGAAACAUAUGUACUCAGUGUAGGCGAAUUUGAUGAGAGGAUAUUUUUAGGUGAACAUGCCAACGAACAGAUCGGAACGAAAAACAAAGUAUCAGGAGAUGAAAUUUCACAAGUCAUCGCAUCAUUUGGACCGAGCGCGCGCGCGUGCCCCGACACGCCGCUGACGGGGCGGCGCUACCUGGCGCGGCGCGAGGAGCUGACGCCGGUGUCGGAGGCCACCAACAGCCUGGCGCGCCUCGCCGCGCUGCUGCGGCACGCCCGCCCCAAGCCCUCGCCGCAUCUGCUGCGCUUCUUCGCUGAUUGUGGUGUGAGUGAAGAGACCAUUAACAAUAAUGUAGUACGGCCUUGCAAUGGAUGGAUGGAACAGUUUUCAAAUAACCUAAAAGAGUGCAACUGCAGCAAUGAAACUAUUGCAUUCAGAUGUAAUAUGGUCACAUGUUUAUAUUAUAAGGUCUUUGAACAUAUUAUAAGAGAGGAACACAGAAAAAAACCCCAAUUAUCCUUACAAGUGCUUCUGUCACAAGAGACCUACCAGCUAACAGUGUAUGCAUGUUGUACGGAGGUGGUGCUGCACGCGUACGGCGUACACUCUCUACGGUUUCCUCGAGUCUUGCAGAUAUAUGGCCUGAGUGCAUUCCAUUUCUAUAAAAUUAUUGAGCUGGUUGUCCAAGCUGUGGUUGAAAAGCUUAGUAGAGAUGUAAUUAAGCAUCUUAAUGCGGUAGAAGAACAAGUCUUAGAAUCUCUAGUAUGGACAUCAGACAGUCCAUUAUGGGACCAACUCAGCAAAAUUCCCGUUCCAGCAUCUACUGAAGUUUAUGUACAGGAUUCACCAAACAGUCGCAGAAAUAUAAGUGGUUUACAGUCUCCUGUGUCUGCUGUUAUAGACCGUUUCCUUACUCCAAUGGCAGAUCAAGCAAAGAAACAGUUAUUCAAAGAUAAUAUAAAACCGGGUCAGUCGCUUUUAGUUCAAACCAACAAUAAUAUAAAACAAGAAGUCACCUCCCCGCAGUCUCCAACUAAUGCAACAACAUCAAGUACAGAAAAUACUCCGAACACGACACCCAAGAAAGCCAACAACUCAUUAAUGCUCUUCUUUAGAAAGUUUUACAGUCUAGCGGUUGUUCGUAUGAACGAUCUUUGCACCCGACUGCGGUUAACCGACGAGGAAUUAAAGCGUAAAAUCUGGACGUGUCUCGAAUAUUCCAUAAUGCAUCAAACUCAACUUAUGAAAGACAGGCAUCUAGACCAGAUUUUAAUGUGUGCUGUUUAUGUUAUAUGUAAGGUUUCAAAUACGCCAACUAAUCAAGUGGAGCGAACAUUUGCAGACAUCAUGCGUUGUUACCGGCAGCGACCACUCGCUGAUAAUCAUGUGUAUAGAUCUGUAUUAAUCAAUAAGGGAAAUGAAGAAGAAUCUCCAGAACGAGGUGAUUUAAUAAACUUUUAUAACAAAGUCUAUGUGAAAUGUAUGCAGAAUUUUGCUCUGAGGUUCACAGGGAGACAUGAGUGCAGCCUGUCGCCACUGCCGGCGGGGCGGGCGGCGCGCGCCGGCCGGUGGUCGCCGGGCGGGCAGCGCGUGUCCGAGCGCCACCAGCUCUACGUGAAGCCGCUCACCACGCCGCCGCACCACCACCACCACCUCACUUACCGCUUCAGCCGCAGCCCCGCCAAGGACCUGCACGCGAUCAACACGAUGGUGUCGUGCGAGGUGGGCGGCGUGAAGCGCUCGGCGGAGGGCGGCGACGUGGUGAAGCGCGCGCGGUACGCCGCGCCCGGCGUCGCACGCAAGCUGCAGGGGCUCGUCAGCGACCGACAGGCCGUCUGAGGUGCCGGUAUAACCAUUUGGCCUCCGCACAUUGAACUGAAUUUGAGUCAUAUUUAUUGUAGUACCAAAAAUUUUGCUUUUAGCUCUCUAGAUUUAUUCUUUUCAAUGUAUAAUCAUUUCUAUUUGACUAAUGAUGAUGUUUACAAUCAAUUACAGCGGUUUAAAUUUAUUUAAUAUUUCGUCACAAUAUGAGCCAGUAUUGGCUUAUUAAUAUUUUUAUGAUUGGUGCUAGUACGAGCUUUGUUAAAUAACAAGAAAGUUAUAUUUUAAUAAUAUAAUCGAUAAACAAAAUUUCAUUACUAUUAUAUAAAAUUACCUUAUAUUUUCAAUCAUACUUAUUUUAUUUCGUAAUGUGACGAAAAGUAUAGGUUUAAGGUAAAAUUAACUGUAUUAAUAAAAUUAACAAAGCUCACUGAUUAUUGAAUGGAAAACUGGAGAUUGACAAACACAAAUGUAGUAUAUUGAUCUCAUUUCUUAUUUAUGUUGGACGUUUAUUUUAUAAUUAUGCCAUAUUAUCUAAAAUUGCUCAUCAAUAUUUAACAUAAGUUAUUUUUAAUGGAGAUUGCAUUGGAUUGGACCAAUGAUGGAUUCUCUUCUUUAAUAAUACCUAUUUGAACAUAGGUAGUAAUUUGUUUACCAUUAUAGUCAUUUAUGUAUAUACAGACUUUAUGCUAAGCUAAAUCCGUGUAACAUUAUUAUCGAGAAAAAAAUAUGUUUUAAAUAUUUAUCAUAGGUACUCAUUACCUAAAGCAAGUUCCUUUUUAUUUUAUCGACUG